CCUGCUGUGACGUGCAAGUGUUCAAAAAUACAAAAAUGCACGCCGUCCGUGCUGAGGAGCUGCACUCAACACCAAACCGCCCCCACAACACCCUACACAACGCGGAAAACACCAGCCAUGGCGACCAAUGCGGAGCCCACGAAAACCCACAGUGGUCGACAGACCAAACCCCCGGCGAAAUACAACAACAACGGGUCUCUCGGCGCCGCUGUAGGCGGCGGUGGGCUGGCGCCCACCGCGAGUCUCCUCCCUGGCUUCACCGCGUCUCGUUCGACCAGGGGGGUCGCUGUCGCCACCAACAACCAGAGCGAGGGCGGAGCUGUCAGCUCCGGUCGGGUGGCGCCCACCGUCCGUGCCUCGUCGGGCAAGGGAAAAGGCAAGGCGCUGGAGGGGGAGCAGCACCUCGAUGCUGAAGUGCAAGCCAUCAUGAUUGACUCCCGUUUUUGUUCCGACACCGGGUCCGAAGAAAAAGCAGCAAGCGAUGCCGACGUGGAGGGCGGCGGCGGCAACGACGAUGGCGGCAGCACCAACGAAGACAGCGACAGCGAGGAAUUUAGUCUUCAUAACCCUCGUCAGGGUCGGGUCCUCGGCAAGGUAGCAGGCGGAGCGGGUGCGGGCCGGUCGAGCGGAUCGAGCGGAUCUCGCAGCAGCUCCCCCGUCGAAGCGGGGGCGCAAAGGCUCAGACAGUUCCAACAAUCGCUGAAGCGUCACCGCGGCAGGAGCUACGACCAGUGGGCGGCGUACCUGCUCAAGGAGGCCUGCGGACUGCGGAAGAUCAGCGGGUACUCGAGGUCGUCAGAUACGACCGCCAUGGCUAAGGCGCUGACGCAGCUGGACGUGGUCAUGGAAAGGGACAGCCCGUACUUCGAUGAUUUGGAAGACAGGGCAACAGGCGGAACGGCACCCUCGAAGCCACCAGCCUCGGCGGCGGAGGCGCAGCGAGUUCCACAGCACCUCAUUGCGGCGCUACGUGCUGCAAUCAACGCCGGCGCCUCCCCCGCGCCGACGAAGAUGUACGACUGCGGCGACAAGUCGUACACGGCUGCCGCCAUCAUGGAGGCGAUGAAGGAGGAAGAUAGGCAGAAUGGGGCUGACAACAGCAGCAGCAUCGGACAACGGAGGAAGAGCAAGCACUGCGUACCUCGCUUCUGUGAGCUACUGAUGCACCAGCAGUUCAGGAAGAGGUUCUGCGAGAGUAGGACGCAGCUGAGCAGGAGGGAGCUCGACGCCAAGCAGACGGGGACGAAUCGGGAUAUUCAUCUCGAGCUGUGGGAGGCGUUCAAGGAUGAGAGUUUCGAGGUGCCCAGUUCCUUCGCAGACGACCACCACAUCGUUGGGGCCGGCAUCAACCCCAACACCGUACAUCAGCCGGACAUCACCUUUCAGAAGUUCACGACGAUGAGGACGGAGUUGUUCAAGGACCACGGGGAGAUGUACUCCAACUACAAAAAGUCCGGGAGCAAUGCAGAGAUGUACUCUUUUUGCAAGGAAAGCUUGGACACGUACUACUUUGGGCUGACUACGGAUAAGUGCCCUGACAUCCUGGCGGUCUGCGACCAGAUGCUCCCGGAUGGCACCGCGAGCGAGAACACGGGGGUGGAGAGGGCGGGAGACAAGAAGAGCGGCACCGACGGUGCUGCCGCGGACGCCGGUAAGCGGAAGGCCGCCAAGGUAGAGUCGAAGGAGAGGAACGCGGCCGUGAGCGGCCGGGAUAAGAAGCAGAAGAGGCAGGCGGAUAUGAUUGCGAGUACGGCGAAGGCCGCGAUGGAGACGAUGUUACCCACACUCGGGCUGGGCACGUCCUCCGGGCCCGCGUACACAGACGCUCCAACAUCAUAUUACGAGACCAAGGACGGGAUAGAAAGCAAGGCGGCGAAAACCGACCUACGCACCAAGCUCCGCAAAGAGCUCAAGGAAAUCAAGGAGGAUAUUCGGGUUGAGGAGGCGCGGGGGGAUGCCGCUAACAAGGAAGACCUAGAGCUGUUACGAAUGCAGCAUUCGUCCGUAAGGGCCCAGCUUUUUGAGUUGCUGUCGACACCCGGAGGUAGUGAGGAUUAGGGGAUGCGACCGUGCGCGGUAGGUAGCCGGUGCCCGCGUGGGUGCGUGGUGCGCGGGAGGACGGUAUCGGUUAGUGGGCGAGUAGCGCUACUCUGUUGCGGCUGUGCUGGUUCUUUGUGCUGUAUGACAUGUGACGGUGUACGUUUGGUCGGGUCUUGUGCCGGCCUCUUCGCUCACAUAUGCACUUUGAGUAUUCUUCGUUGGCUGUUUGUCAUUGAAUUGCAUUGUUAUUGUGUUUUGUUUCAGUUUUGGCCCCGGGGGCAGGGUAUUUGGCGUAAAUAUGCUCGCAACAUUUUUUUUUUCCUGGUCCGCCUAUUUCCAAUCCUUCCUUGGUGAAGCGUUUCGAUGCACAACAUCUAUCUCUCUCUCGGAGAAAAUGCGGGGUCUUUGUUGUGGCGCUUCACCAUCACUCUUCUUCAAUCGGUUGUAGCGAGUGUUUGCGUUACAGGAGUAAAGGGGUGUCGUUCCCCAUGUUGUUCUUGCUUUCGACUAGUAGAUAUGACGUGUCACGUUGUGCGGGACCCGCAUUUUGUUGUUGUUGUUUUUUUUUUUUUGGUCGUGUUUACCACUGUCGCGUGGUUGUUGGUCUGAUCACGUUCUGCGGCGGCUUGUUGCCAUUUUCCCAGCGUCAUCUGUUCACGUAGCGGGAGCUGCCUGCGACGGAGCUGCUGUCGUUUCAUAGUGUUCUGGGGCUGUUGAACCAUUUGGAGCUGCAGUACUCACCAAGGGGAGGGAAAUGUGGCUAUCUGUGUCUCCCGACGGGGUGCGUGCGUCCCAUUAUUUUGUGCUCUCUUUCUGUCAACAUGGUUGAUUCGGUGAUUCUUGUGUCUUUCACUGUGUCGGUACACCAAUGGUUGGCCGGUGAUUUUUUCCUCCCUUCGAAGUGCAUGUUCCGCUUAUUUGUGUUCUCUCAUCGUCUAUUUGACAUUGGUUGAUUCAGUGAUUCUCGUAUAUUUCACCGUCUCGAUUCCUACAUGCAGGUUGUUCGGUGUUUUUUUUUUGUCUUUCGUCUUAACGUCGUUGGUCCGACGCGAGGGUACAGGGUAUACCGCGCGAGGCGUGUUGGCCAUGGUUGGACGGCUAGCGAGGAUGGGGCGACGUACUAUGGUUGAGACUUCGGCAUGUAGUUUGCAUGUAGUUUUGUUCUUCUAGUUGUCUUUGCCUUAAACCCGUAAUAUUAAAGAGUACCAAAAUAAAAAAUAAGAAAAACCGGCGGCGGAGUGUUUUCUCUCUGCACGCCCGUUACUUGCGCACGUCUCACAACGACGCUUCAAGCAUACGAAUCCUGGAAGAUCGAAGGGUACACUAGUGGGGUUUGGCCCACGUUCAUUGCGUGGGAAAACGCUAUAAACCGACAACAUGAGAAGUACGCACAGCAGCAAACGAAAAACAGCAACACAACACACGCACGCCAUUUGAAUAACACACCCGAGAAACACGGCCGCCCACAGCCCGGUGCUUCGAAAGACAGGCGAAUACACACAGCCCCCUCAACCCCCCCAG